AGGCGCGCUCGACGUGCUCGUGACGCGCAUGCGUGUCGGCAGCGUCGACCAGACGCCUCUCCGCGUCGCCUUUUGCCUCGCCCUCAUGGAGUCGCUGUACGAAGCGCUGCUCAACCAAAAGACGAGCCGCGUCGAUGCGCUGGACGCGGUCGCGCACGUGUCGGCCCUCAUCCGCGUCUUUGGCGCGGCGCUGGCCACGUUUCAGCGGAUGCCGAUGGAGGGCAGCCGACGCAUGCUCCCCGACAUCUUUCUGCAAACAGUCGAGCUCGUGUUGCUCGAAAGUCCGUCGGACGAAUUGCUCCAGUUUGCGCUCGACGCCGACGAGUACUCGCUCCUGUGCGUCGUCGUGCGCAGUAGCCACGCCUUCUCCGAGGCGGCGUGGACCAACCUCCUCUUGCCCUAUGCGCGAUCGGAGCUCGCAAAGCUACCGCUGCAGGGCGUGUCGGGGUCUCAGCGCGACCAAGAGGUCGUCAACCUCAUCCGCGAAGCCUGCCGGCUCUACUAUCUCAACAUUGACCGCGUCCCGAGCGCCGCUUUGGGCAAGAACGUCUUUUUCAGCGUCACACAGGCCAUUCGGCACGGGUACUACGAGACCGAGCGCUUCACCGAGCUCCUCGCGCUCGUGAUGCACCGCCACUAUCUCCUCGGGCACCUGCAGGUGUACCAGUGGCUGCCCAUGUUGCUGCUGCCGACCGUCGCAAGCAACCUCAAGACGAGCCGCGCGCUCGCCGAAGCGCUCUGGAUCUGCCUCGGCCUCGAGACGUCGUCGUUUGGGUGCGAGAACGCCAUCAUGUCGGGCGAGACGAGCAAGGAAGUCGCGUCGACGUUCUGCGUCAUUCUCGCACGGCUGCGCACGGAGCCCGCGGACAUUUUCUGGCGCGAUCUGUGCCUCCAUUUUGGCGCGUUUCUUGGCCAGCACCGCGACGCAAUGCGCGAGCUCCUUGCUUCGAUUGCCGCGGAGCUCGAGGAGAACGAAGCUCGCGGCUGCAUCGCCGUGGACCGCGUCGUGUCGCUCUCGGAGCUAUUGCACGCCAUGUCGAUGCGCGUCGAGACGGCGGACGAUGCCUUUCGUCUCUUCCAGUGCGGCCUCCGCGUCGUGCAAAUGGGCGUCGGCCAGCCCACGGCGCUGGCGCUGGACAGCACCCUGACCAACGCGGUCGAGAAGCUCGGCCACAUCAAGCUCGACGACCCGACGCUGGACGCGUUCGAGUCGGCGCUCAUGUGUUGCGCCGUCCAGACGCGAACGGCGCUCGCCCACCUCGUGCCGCAGCUGUGCUUGGAGGACGUCAACGCGAUCGUGCGACAGCAAGCCCUCCGCCACCUCCUCGCGCGCGAAGACCUCAUCCAGGCGCAUGGCAUCACGCUCAUCCGAUCGCUCUACUGGAUCCACAAGCCCAUCUACCAAAGCGUCGACGUCUCGUCGCAGUUGUGUUUGGACCAACUCUCGCUGUCGCUGGAAGCGUGCCCGGUACUCGUGGUGCUGGCGCGCGUCUCGCCGUUGUACAUUACCGAGGUCGUUCUCAAGCUGCUAAGUGCCGCCGACUUGCACGCGAUGAACGAUCCGCUGAGUGAGUCGCGCUUCAUUGAGGCGCACUUGGACGCGGUCGCGGUCACGGGUCCCCGCAACGCACUUGUGCGCUUCGCGCUCUCCAAAGACGGACUCCCGACGCUCCCGCUGCUUGUGCGGCUGAGUGCGCAGUGGCACCAACUGCUCAUGGACAUGGUGGCGACGGGCCUCCUCCGCGAAGAGACGAUGCUGCUUCUGCCGCAGCUCUACCCGCGCCUCGAGCGCCUUUUGAGCAAGACAGCGACGCGCUUCCAGUGCACGGCCAAGGGCCGCGAGGUGCUCUCGGACGCGAUGGCGACCGAGGACGCAGCGCACCAAGUCCAUUUCUGGAACCAGCUCCACCAACUGAUCGCCGCCGAGUUUGAGCGCGGCGACGCGAUGAAGGCGCUGCGCAUGGCGAGCACAAUGAAGACGUGGUACCCGGACGACUACAGCCGCCUCGGCACCAAGGCCUUUGUCACCGACACGAUCUUUCCCCACGUGCAGCGCACGGCGUUCCCGCAGUGCUUUGACGCGCCGACGCUCGAGGCCUUUGCCAUCUACUUUCGCACCAUGCACGAAGUCAAGCUGCUCUUUCCCGACGAAUCCGAGAAGCACCUCGAUAUCUCGGCGCAGAUUGAUGCGUUGGCGCGCGCCAAGCUCCUCGACGUGGUGCGGACGUCCGGUGUUUCGGCAGCAAAAGCGUGGAUCAAUGUCUACGGCCUCCAUGACCUGCUCCCGAUGCUGGACGAGAUGCACGAGACGGACGGACCGGCGACGCCGCUCCUCGCAGUGCGCGUGCCGUGGGCUGCAACCGCCGUCAAUGUCAUGGACGGCGAGCUCAAGACCACGUCGCUCGACGCCAUCAUCCUCGCGACCGACAAGAUGCUGUAAAUACACUAAGAAUGCG